AUGACACCACUGGAUCAAUUACGGCACGAUCAUUCAGAAUAUCUGAGACAGAUAACUGGCUGUGAAAACGCUUUAUCGUUGAGGGAACAGGCAGGUGGUAGCUCUGGCAACUGCGGUAGGGGCAUCGCUGGCGACAAGAAUAAGAGGAGAUCACGGAGCUCCGACAGCACAGAUUCAUAUCACGACAAUUUGGAAUUUAAUAAUGGGGACAAUCCGAAUGAUAAUGACAAUAAUGCCGAUGAGGACGGCGGAGGAGGGGAAAGCGAUGAUGAGAAGGUGGGUAACAGUGGCAACGGACAGGAUAUGAAGCAUUUAUACAACGCACCUUCAGUGGAUUACGCUCAUGGAGACGAACUAUUUCCAGCGAAUCAAUCCACAACAGCCACGGCCUUGACCACAAUUCCUACUACCACUGCUGUUACUUCGCCAGUUGGCCUUACAGCAUCAGCGUCCUCUGUAUCUACAUUUAUUUCUACAUCCUUCCCAACAUCGAUGAAUUUAGACCCAAUCGUGACACCGAACCCUUUUCUUCCAAUUACUUCAAGUCAGCGGAGGAAGGACCUGAACACUGAUGCAGAUUCUAUCAUUACAUUGAGCUGGCCUAUUGAGUACGAGUCCAGCUCGACAAUAUCUUCCUUUACUGUCCCAGAGACUGCACUCGGACCCAUAACUACAACCCAACCGAAUUCUGGAAGAAAUGAUUACCAUGACAACAAUAAGCAUAACACACUAACUCCGACAGAUGAGCACCUGCUCGUUGCGGCUGGAGUCAUUGGUGGGUUUAUCAUGAUAAUAGCUGGCAUCUGCCUCGUCACUUGGACCUGGAAAAAUGUUCCGUUUUUAGCAUUUCGCAGACGUGAGAUACACGGAGGGGACGAUGUGUGGUUUGGACGGCGAACAAGGGGCCAAGAUCCAACCGCAGACGGGGAUGAAAGAUAUCCAAGUCAGCGUGUUUCUCCGCAAGCGCCUUAUGGAUUUGUUACGGACGAGAAGCCCGUCUCUCAGCAAGACAUUGGUGGGCUUAUUGUCUCUCAUGUCAUCACACCGAAGAUGGCUACCCGACGAACUGCAGCUACUCCAUUACUGGACCUACAGCGCCAAGAUCUAGUUCAUGGAGCACCCCCAGACGGUGCCGCUCUCUUCGGGUUAUCUCAAUCCACAGCAGCUCCGGAGCCAGUUACUCAGCCCAUCACACAAGCAUUUUAUUACACUUCUCCAAAUUAUCCUCUAGACGACAACGGCAAUACCAACACAGCGAUUGUUCUGCAGAAUACCUCAGACGUAUACGAUCGGGGCCAAAGGGAGGCAAAUCAUUUGAGCUACCUCUCCUCUUUAUCCUCUGGUUUUGGCGAUGCCCAAAUCAUUAUUCCAGAACCCGGUCCCACCAGCAGCCAAAUCGUCCCCGCCUUGCAGCAGAAUAGCCGACAAUCACGAAAGUUCUCAUGGGCCACCUCAAUAUUUCAAACUCGGCGAGCAGAUGAUCGAGAUACCGUUUAUACAACCGCAUCUGUAGAGUCAGCGCCACGAUUUCGAUCCAUCAAUUCCUGGGUAGCACAACAAACAGGCCGUCUUGAAAGACAGCAGCAGAAGAUAGGGGAGGUGCCAAAUAUGCCUGAAACUCAGCUUCCAUGAGAGUCUGGCGUUGAACUCUAGGGGAAUAUCAGAGAAGGACGGGCGUUCUAUGCAUCAUCUGGGGGAGGGGGUUUGAGGUUUCAGGGGGGUCCAGAAUCGCAAGUGUUAGUUAUUCUGGACAAGGAAUUUGGGCUCAGAUGAGGAAUUGUAUCGAAGUUGCGGUGUUAGUUAUGUGUAUAUAUAAACCUGGUUUAUUGAGCCUGGUGCUCAGUCGAUGGGAAGGACUGGCCUGAUGUUGGGGAUACGGUGACAAGUGGAUGGCCAUGAAUUUGUGAUACCCGCAGAAGGAAGUGCAGGUUGACGCCGGAUGCAUGAAUUGAACUCGUAAUGAACUGAACCAGAAUUCGAACCAAAUCCAAG